CCCGCCGAUCACAUCGGACCCCUAAAAGCCUGAUAUGAGUGACGUUGAGUGGUGUGCGUAGUGUUAGUGUGAUGGUACGCGCGUGAGUGACGCUAUGGCCGCGCGCUCGCUGGAGCCCGGCCACCACCGACUAUGUGCGGCGUCCUAGGCGAGAGCGCGCUCGGUCGGCGCUCGAGGCGGGGCGCGGGUGUCCCCGCGGGCGGCGGUUCGCCCAGUUGACAGCAUGCUCAUCGCGUUCAAUGACUCGGCCAACCUCACUGACUUGGCGCUCGGCACCGACCUCCCCACCAGCCCCUACAGUCUCGCGCAGAAGAUCAUCAUCGCCAUCAUAGCCAGCGUCCUAUCGGUGCUCACCGUCGUCGGCAAUUCCAUGGUGAUGAUCAGCUUCAAGAUCGACAAACAGCUGCAGACUAUAAGCAACUACUUCUUGUUCUCCCUGGCUGUGGCGGACUUUGCCGUGGGUCUGAUAUCGAUGCCGCUGUACACCAUGUUCACCAUCUACGGUUAUUGGCCGCUGGGCCCACACGUGUGCGACACGUGGCUGGCCCUGGACUACCUCGCGUCCAACGCGUCUGUGCUCAACUUGCUCAUCAUAAGUUUCGAUAGGUACUUCAGUGUGACGAGACCGUUGACGUAUAGGGCUAAAAGGACUACACGAAGAGCGACGAUGAUGAUAGGAGGUGCGUGGGGAUUCAGUUUAUUGUUGUGGCCGCCGUGGAUUUACGCGUGGCCGUACAUCGACGGCGAGCGGAAAGUGCCCCCUCAUGAGUGCUAUAUUCAGUUCAUAGAGACGAACCAGUUCAUUACGUUCGGGACAGCUAUAGCGGCGUUUUAUGUGCCAGUGACUGUCAUGUGUAUACUGUACUACAGAAUAUGGAGGGAAACCAAGAAACGGCAGAAGGAUCUGCCAAAUCUGCAAGGAGGGAAGAAACACGACUCGUCUAAGAGAUCAAAUUCUAGUGACGAGACGAGAGAAGUGGAUGGUCGUGCCAGGUCGGAGUCUGGUGAUGCGGACUCGGUGUACCACGUGAGAGGAGCGCUACACGACCAGCGGUGGAGGGAUAACCAGGCGGCAAACGCUCGUCGUACGCUCCGAGGUUGGGCUGCAGUGAGGGCGUGGUGCGUGGCGUGGUGGCACUCUGGACGUGAGGACGUGGAGGACACGGAGCCUGAGGAGGAACCCUCAGACCCUGGGUACGCCACACCUGUGUCUGUUGAGACGCCGCUACAGAGUUCUGUGUCGAGGUGCACAUCACUGAACGUCAUCAGGGAUCCUUAUGCAUCUCGCGGCGGUGGUUCUAGUGGCUCUGGAGGUGAUGGAGGUACCUCUCCCCUCCGCCGAACUUAUGAGCCACCCUCUAACAUGCCCGCAGCCCGUGACAGUCGUUCUUUGCCUCCUAACACCAGAAUCAACGCUACUACCUCACCUGCACCAAAAUCUGCGUCCGCAGACUCAGUGUACACGAUCUUAAUCAGGCUACCAGACGCUGACACUGAAAGACCAACGAUUAAAAUGAUCACAGAAGAGUCUCCACCCUCUAACACGAGGCCACAUUUCCGACCAACCAGAGGAGACUCAGAGCUCAACCUUCAUCCUGCUGGUCAUCAAGCACUGACCAGAAGAACAUCCCACAUACAGGAUGUUAGAAUCCCUUUGAACGCCAAGAUUAUUCCGAAGCAGUUGGCAGGUAAGGGAUUGACGAAACAGCCGAAGCCAAAGAAGAAAACGCAGGAGAAGAAGCAGGAGACGAAAGCUGCGAAAACGUUGUCAGCCAUCUUACUAUCUUUUAUAAUUACUUGGACGCCUUACAACAUACUGGUGUUGCUGAAGCCUCUCACAGCUUGCACUAAGUGUAUCCCAGACGAGUUAUGGUCCUUCUUCUACGCUCUAUGUUACAUUAACUCUACGAUUAACCCAGUGUGUUACGCUCUCUGUAAUGCGACCUUCAGAAGAACGUACGUGAGGAUUCUGACAUGCAAGUGGCACAAUAGGAAUAGGGAAGCAAUGACUAGGGGUGUGUACAAUUGAAUUGUGAUGAGCUUCGAAGUUUGAAUGAUUGGUCUUGCGACGGUGCCAAAAUGUAAAUUGCCCAAUUUUGGUAACCGUUACGUUUUUGUUAUUGAUGUUACGUAAAGCGAUGUUGGUAAUGGAAAGAAAGUUGACAGUAUUAUGUUUUAAUGUUUAUAAAAAUAUGCAGAUAUUUAAAUGGUUCUGAACAUAGAAAACAAAGAUAAAAACAAUGUGCCAAUGUGUCAAAACUCUCCGUUACCAACAUUGGUACAAUUUAACACAUAACCACCUAGUUUCAAAUAUUCUUCCUAAAUUGUGAACUAAAAUGGACUGCUAAUAAAACGUGGUAUCAUCCAUAUUAAGUGUGAGAAAAUAAUAUUUAUUUUGUUGUCCAUUGAAACGAUUAGUUGUGAAUUUUUAUUUCGAUUAGUGAGUUGACCGUCCCGUCCAUACAUAGUGUAUUAUUUGUAGAUGUAGAUACAUUUGUUUUGAUUUAGUUUCGUGGUUUAAGAAUGUUUUAUAUCGGACGUUGUUUGUGUAGUGCGAGACAUGCUUCGUUAAAACACGAAUAAUAUUUGAAAGGGAUUUACUUCUACUAAAGUAGGUUACAUUUUAAUAAAUAACAAAAAUAUAUCGUGAUGCUUUUCUGAUAGUUUCUUACAAAUCAGUCCAAAUUACAUUUAGUUUGUAAAAUGAAACACCUAACAGUAUUAUAAGAUCCGAUAACAUAAUUCAAUUGAUUUUGUUACGAAGCUAUGCACCACACAAAAACUGCCCGUGUCUUCUCCUGUUAUAAGAAGAAGAAUAAUUUAAUUUUAAAACAAAAAUUAAGAGCAAAAAGUUAAAACGUCAAGAGUAUAUUAAGAAUGAUUAGCGUUAUAGAAAAAGAGCUGAGUAUAACUGCGUUAAACAUUGGUAGUUGUCAGAAUCUAGUCAAAAGGAACCGAUACGAGAAUACGAAGACCACGCUGGAUAUAAAAUUCAGGUUUAAAUAUACAGAAAAGCUGAUCUUACUAAGAUUAUUCGUAAUAGAUUUCAUACUGUAUGAGGUUGAUUUGAUUUACUGCCGAAAGUUGAUGAAGACGAUAUAAUUACUACUUACUACAUACACAGAAACUAAAAUCUGCCAACAUUCAAAUUAUACGGCAACACACAUCGGUCAAAAGAGUAAAAAUUGAAUAACAAUAGUAAUGUUUUUAUGCCAGUGGACACGCGGUAUUAGAUCGUUGUAUACUGCGAAUAAACGCGAUUGUUAAAAUAAAUUCCGACGUUUACUCAAAUAAGGAUCUUAUAAAAUUGAAAUAUAUUUGCAACACUAGAAGUGAAACGUCAAAGGCAAAUGUCAAAUCUCGUAUUUUCGUAUCGGAUCGCUUUGAAGGUGUUACUCUAGUCAGAUAUUUCUCUACAGUGUUCUGGUUAAGGUUUGAGCUUCUAGGAUUAAAAUAUCGACGAAUUUAGAUCACGAACAAUUUUAUUUGCAGUCUUAUAUUGAUUAAUUUAUUUUACUUACAGCUAUCUUUUUCGUCGAAUGCUUCUAACAAAUUUGACAGUUAUAUCCACAGAUAAAAAAUGGUCGAUAUGUUCGAUUUUAAAAUUCGCUUCUGUAAAAGAGGUUUUGCUGUGAACAUUCCUUUUUGACUGAAGCUUCUAGUGCUAUAGUUGCUUCCCAACGAUCAAUGUGUUUUUUUUUACGUAUAAACGAGUGACUCGUAGCGAUCGUAAGUUAGUGUGUAUCUACUUUGUGCAUCUGUGUAUGUCGAACAGUAUUAAGAGAGAGUCCUGAGCCUUUUUUCAAAUAACUGUGUGUUUCGUACCUAAUGUAUUUUAUUUAAGUAAGUUUUAUAAUUAUAGAAAUUCUGAGCAAUACUCAAAACUGUUCUGUAAGGGAUUUAAAUGUUUAUAACGAUAAUUUUAAGAUUUCAAAGAUGACCAUUUAAAAAGAAGUAUUUAAGUAUUUAUAUUUUCUUUGUCGUGAGUAUUCUGUGAUUUCAUUAAAGAUCAACGUGGGAUGUUCGUCUCGGUGUACUAUUGUAAUAUUCAUACAACGAUCUUUUAUCAUACGUGACCCUUUAUUAUUGCAUUGUUUUACCUCACUCUUCUACGAAAAUUUUAUGAAUAUUUCGGAAUCUAUUAUUCCUUUUAAUGUCGUUAAUACUAUCACUAUUGUGAUAACGUUGUGACACACGAAUAGUGAGUUAAAAUGAUCAUUCAAAUUUUAAUUCAUCGCUAAUCUUAUCCGACAACGUUUAACUAUAGUAUAUUUAAAUAUGUGUCAACGUAGA